AUGAACAUAGUAGACCAGAAGCCAGUGACUUUUGAGGACGUACAUGUGAAUUUCACUCAGGAAGAAUGGGUUUUGCUGGAUCCCUCUCAGAAGAAGCUCUACAAAGAUGUCAUGCAGGAGACCUACAGGAACCUCAGUGCUAUAGGCAUGAAAGAAGUCAAUGUGCAGAGAAUCCCUCUGAAAAUACUCACUGUGGUAAAGCCUUUGCUUUACAUGCUCACAGUCAUGCUCAAAGGCAUGAAAGGAUUCAUUCAGAAAAGAAGCCCUCUGAAGUUAUUCAGUGUGUUGAAGCCUUUGCUCCUUACACAAGUCUCCAAAUACAUAAAAGAACACAAACUAGACAGAAACCUUAUGAAUGUAGUCAAUGUGGUAAAUCUUUUACACAACUCUGUAGUCUUAAAAGGCAUAAAAAAAAUCACACUGGAGAGAAACCCUACAAAUCUUCUUUUUCUACCUUGGUAUAUAGCCCGGUGGACGGGAGCUGUGGCAAAGGCAUCUGUGCUGAUGUGCUGAGGGAUAGAAUGCUAAAGAAUGGAAAGUUCCUGCCUAUUUGAAGGCAGAUUGCUUGGGUGGGAUCUUGUGGUCUUUUCCGGAUGUCUUGAGGCAAAGUCAGCUGCAAGUCAUUGAGAUGCUCCUCAUUAAAGUUGAAAAGUUGUAAAGUUUUAACUCCCUAUAGACUAGACUUGAAUCACCCACCUACCACCCACCCCCAAGAAAUGAAGUGUUUUAGCCUGCCAAGGGUGUAUUGGGGGGAGAGCCUUCUUUUACACCAAUUAGAUGUCUGAGAACUGUCAUGGUGGGCACUUUGUUUGUACUCUAGCUUUAUCUCUUGGCUUACAAUAGAUUCUUGGAAGCAGAAGGGUAAGAAAGAGCAGAACACAGAUGAAACAAGAUUUGAGGAAAGAGAGCAAAGGAGCUGACUUGGGUUUGAUGUUUUCAGGAGAAACCUAGACUAGGUAGAAGGGCAUACAUAGAAAGAGAUUUCUGAGUGUCUUGCAGUUUAGUUCUACAUUCAAGCUUGUCAAUAUCUAUGUUACAUAUAGUUAAAAAAAUGAAGUUAGCUCACUAGGGUAGCAUGUCUUUACCAAACCUCCCACAGCAUUUGUCAUUAUUGGGAAUAUAUAUCAGAAAAUGUAAAAAGGUAAAGGCUAGAGAAAGUGACUUAUUUUAAUUCAAUUGUAUAAAAUCAAUUUUAAAUGAAAAUAUAGUAAAUACAGAGAUGGCUUAGUUAUGAGCAUUGGAUAUUGUUACAGAUGACACAGGUUGCAUUCUCUAAAACCCUGUGGCAUUAAACCAGCUGCUGUAACUGUAGUCCCAAGGGAUCUAAUGCCUUCUUCUGACCACUGCAGGUGCUGCACACAAACAAGUGCCAGGAAAACACUCAUAUACAUAAAAUAAAAAUAAGGUAUAAAAAAUGGUGUCUUACACUGGAUGGUUUUAGCUCAUUGGUCAAAGAUCAAGUGACUAUAAGUGUGUGGGUUUAUUUCUGCGUCUUCCAUUCUAUCCAUUCCUGCCUGUCUGUUCUCAUCACUCUUGCUCUGUAAUACUGCUUGAGGUCAGGGAUGAUGAUUCCCCCCAAAAUUGUUUUAUUGUUAGAAAUAGUUUUUGC